AUGCAAUCCCAAAGCAGUCUGAGCAGCCAAUUGAGCAGUCUAUCGAGUCACAAUCCCUGCCUGGCGCUGGGCUCCGAGCAGGACGAGAAGCCGCUGCCACCUUCGUUUGUCGGCGAGACAGACCCGUAUAUGACUCGGGCUGAUAAUGACGACGAAAUUGAGGCGCUUCCAUCUCUGCCUAGUUGGUGCCGCGAGAUCCCUGCUGCUCUGAGGGAAGCCACCACAUCUCAACGCGAAGAACCAUCUCUUAAGGACUUGACGGACGAGACCCUGGACACUUGGCGUGCGCGAGAGUUCUCGAAGAUGAUGGGCAGUGGUAGCGGCGCGCAGCAGGAAGCAUCGAGUAGCACCAAGUUCCCACUGCUUAUUGGUGUCUGGUACAUAUGUCUUCAAGAGUGGGAUGAGACGUCGCUAAAGCUGCGCGAGGUGGAGACGCAAGUCACAUGCAAGGCAGUAUAG